UAUUUUUUUGGUGUGAUAAACCAACCAAAACCAUUGAUUUAAAAUCCAUAUUAUCGAGUAUUAUCAAUUUUCCCUUCACUCGUAUUUUGGUGCGCAAUUUCCUUCAUUCCUUCCCAGUUCCCCACACCCACCACUUUUGGCUUUACGUUUGUUCCGUUGCUCAACUACACGCCACUAUCCUUUUCGUAACCAGUCCAGUCCCCCUUUCUUUUCUCCCCACAAAAAUUCCUGAAUCGCAGGACAUUCCCGUCUUCAAUCUCCAUCUGACUGAUUCCGCCUUCAGCGAAUCCAGCAGCUCUCAACACGCCGGAAAUUCCUACGCCGACUGGAUUCCUCGCCAUUCAUUACAGAAAACCAGGUUUGAUUCCUUCCCUUCCUAAUUUCUCGCUACCCUAUUCUUGAGCUACACCCUUCAACACCCUCCAAGAAUCCGAGUUUUUCUCUCUGAGAAGGACAAACAAAGAGAGAGAUAGAGAAAGAAAAGAACUCGAUCGGCCUCUGUUAGCUCUGUUUGAUGUUCUUCUCUCUAAUAAUUUGUGGACAUGUUUUGGCAUUAUGGUUCCAUUCCCAUGAUUUUCGGAGCCUAUUGAUUCGUGGGUCGUUGUCAAAUUUCUGUCUUUCUUUCUUUCUCUGUUGUUGAGAGAACCUAGAUAAAUAAGAUUAUGGCGUCUGGUGGUCUGGUUUCCUCUUCCUCCGGGACCAUGGGUUGCUCUCUUGUUCUGAUUAUGCUUGCUGUAAUGGCAUUUAGUAGGUGCAUUAUUUGUAUGGCGACAGCAGUAGAAGAAAGGAGUUUACUGGAAACGGCAGAAUUCACCCUCGACUCAGUGAGACAGUCUUUAACUGGCCAGGAAGACACCAUUGUGUACAGGUUGAUAGAGAGAGCCAAGUUUCCCUUGAAUUCUCGACUCUAUGAUCAGAAAUAUGAGUUGGUCCCUGGAUCUCCUGGCACUUUGAUUCAAUUCCUUUUCAAGCAAACUGAAAUUGUUCAGGCCAAGGCUGGGAGGUACCUAAAUCCGGAAGAAACCCCCUUCUUUCCUGAGAAUCUUCCACCAUCAGUGAUUCAAGAUCGCACAUAUCCUGUGUUCCUGCAUCUCCCUGCUGCUUCUGUUAACGUGAACAACAUCAUUUGGGAUGUCUACUUCAACAAAUUCCUUCCGUUGUUAGUCAAACCAGGGGAUGAUGGUAAUUAUGCUGCAACUUCUGCUAGCGAUAUCGAGUUGUUACAGGUAACCGAGGACUCGAUGUGUCUGCAGCAACACAAAUGAUCUGACUUGACUAUCAGAUUCUGGUUCGAUGGUGCAACAUUAUGAUAUACAGUACUAAUACAACUCUUUCAUUACUGCUUCCUUGGCAGGCGCUCUCUAGGAGGAUUCAUUAUGGGAAAUUUGUGGCUGAAGUUAAGUACCGGGAAGCACCUCAUGAAUACGAGCCUCUAAUUCGCGCCAAGGACAGGAAUGCUCUGAUGAACUUGUUGACAUUCAAGAAGCAAGAGGAGAUGGUGAUGAGAAGGGUUGAGAAGAAAGGGAUGGUGUUUGGACAAUAUGUGAGCCUGAAUGACACAGAAAGCACUGGCAAGUACAAGAUUGAUCCAUCUCUUGUGUCUCAGCUCUAUGAGAAGUGGGUGAUGCCUCUAACGAAGGACGUCGAGGUCGAGUAUCUGCUCAAGAGAUUGGACGGAGAACAAAAGCAAGUGCCUUAAAUAUGAUAAUGCUAUAUGCCCUUGUAACAGAAGAUCCCUAUUGCUUUAGAUAUUCUUGAAUGGUGUAGUAUAAUAGUACAAACCGACUGUUUCUUAACAAAAUGCCUCCUCUCUGGGAAGUGACUUUAGGCCUUCUAUUCUAGCAAGUGAGGAGACUAGUUGAGUUUCAAUCAGAUUGUAUUAGAAUACUUCCUACAAACUUCUAUCUCAUUGGUGUAUUCUGAAAAUAUAAGAGAGUCGAAAAACAUGAGAGGCAAUCAUGUUAAGACCAGCUAAAUUCUCUGAGGUCCAUGGGCUUAAGUUCGGCCCGACUCCCCUACUCGUGGCCCAAUCGAACAACAUCGAAAGCCCGGCUUCUUUUCUUUUCCUAAUAAUCCCGCGUCUUUUCAGUUGUAAUUUGUUAAGCAAUCUCUUUCUCUUCUCCCCUAAUCACUCUACAACUCUUCGAUAUAGCGAGCCGGAACCGCCGCACGCCGCCGGCGCCGGUGUCUCCUUGUUCUCUUAGCGGUCUCCACUAUCAGCACCAGAAUUCCACCCAAAACAAUCUGAAAACAGGGAAACCACCGGAAAGAAGCAAUGGCUGGUCCAAUGGAGGACGCCGAUCCCGAUGUCGUAGAGAUUUCCCCGCUCUCCCUCCCGCCUUCCCACUUUACCAGGAAGAGAAAACAGAAGCAGGCUGUGCUCGCUGAGAUCAUAGAUGUUGAUGAGUACGAUUCUCUCACUGAUGCGGUGAUCCUGGAUGAGAACGCUCGCAGAAAAGGGAAAGGCAAAGCGAUUGAGGAUGAGAAUGACGUGAAAGUUCAGGAUGUAAUCUAUGUACCUCCUCGCUUCUGGAAGUCGACAUCUACCCCUAAUAUGAAGAAGUGGACUUCUUCCCAGCACGGAGGGACUGCUCUAAAAGAUUCACAUGUUUCUGGUAGUGUAUCGCCCCAAGACAUUCUUGCCAUUGGAAAAGAACCAUUGGCUAGGAGUACCAGAAGCAAAACAGGCGGUAGUAAGGGACCGGUGGCUCCAAGUUCUGCACGAGGGCAACCUGGAGUUCCAAGUGCUUUAAAUGAUGAAAUCUUAAGGAAGUUGAAACUCUUCAAGCAUUUUGAUAUCGUUGAAGGCCAUUCAGACCAUCAGUUUCAGUCUUCUUCAUCAAAACAGACUGAGAAGAAGUGGGCAAAAAGAAUUCAAGACGAGUGGAAAAUUCUGGAGAAAGAUUUGCCAGAAACCAUAUAUGUGAGGGCCUACGAGUCAAGGAUGGAUCUAAUGAGGGCUGUCAUUGUUGGCGCAGACGGAACUCCUUACCACGAUGGUCUGUUUUUCUUUGAUAUCUUCUUCCCUGCUAGCUAUCCAAGUGUUCCACCGAAAGUCCAUUACCAUUCUGGUGGUCUUAGAUUAAACCCAAACUUGUAUGCAAACGGAUAUGUUUGUCUCAGCCUUCUUGGAACAUGGCGUGGUAGCAACACCGAGAACUGGCAGCCUAGAUUUUCAAAUGUGAUGCAGGUUCUGCUUUCUAUACAAGCGUUGAUAUUGAAUCAAAAGCCCUACUUUAAUGAACCUGGCUGGGAACCGUCAAAGGGCACAACUACAGGUGAAAUGAUGUCCCUAGAGUACAAUGAGAGGACAUUGCUUUUAUCGCUCAAGACAAUGGGUUAUUCAAUGAGGAAGCCACCAAAACAUUUCGAGGAUUUCGUGAUGGGCCAUUUCCACAGCCGGGCAAAGGACAUCACGGUGGCGUGCAAAGCAUACAUGUCCGGUGCUCAAGUCGGGUGUCUGCUGAAGGGCGGAAUCCAGGAUCUCGAAGAAGGCGACAAGACCUGCUCGCCAACGUUUAAGAGCUCCUUACCUGCACACAUGGACAUGCUGGUGAAAGCGUUUACUGAACUUGGAGUGAAGAACCUAUGAAGGAGAUCGGUUUAACUUUCUGAUUGAUCUUUUGAUGAAGUUCACUCGAUUUUUGUGGCGACAGAAAGCCUAACCAUCAAGCUAGUUUGAUGUAAGGUGUAUUAGAGCACUCGUUGAUCAAAGGUUACUCGAUUUAAAUCCAUGUGAAGUAACUCUCGUUGUGAAUGACUCUGUGUUGACAUUGGUAU